CCUCCACGCACAUACGGCAAGCAACACCAUCGGGGCGCGAUUCUGCCGCGUUCUUGCAGGAAAGCGCAGACGCGUUCUGAUCCACUGCAACACCAGGCAAUUCCAAAAGAGCAAUGGGAGAGGACAGCGACAUGGCGCGACCACCGCAGCAGCAGCACAAGCAGCUCUCACUGACGCUCAUUGCCGCCAUGACGCGCGCCAACGGCAUCGGCAUCAGCGGCGGCUUGCCCUGGCGCCUCUCAAAGGAGAUGGCGCACUUUCGCCGCGCCACGUCCGUCACCGGCGAGCCAGCCGCUUCUUCGGGGGCCAAGCGAGAAUGGAGAAAUGCCGUCAUCAUGGGCCGCAAGACGUGGGAGAGCAUCCCGGGCAAGUUCCGGCCGCUCAAGGGGAGGAUCAACGUCGUCAUCAGCUCCAAAGCAGGCGAGUCCGCAAGAGAGGCACUAGGGAUGUGAGUGGUCGCGCGAGGCACUACCGACAGGUUCAGAAAAAGAAGAGCCUCUUUUCUGACGAGUUGGCCAAUGCAGAAAAGAGGCAGAGGACAG